AUGGAUAUUGUUAAAGUAGCACAAAAAACAGGAGGCUCAACAGAUAAAAAGGGUCGUGUAUCUCUAAAUCAUCUUUUAAGUUUCUCAUUCCCUGAAAGACAACGACAUGCGCCUAUACCUAACUAUCGUAAAACAAAAGUAACCUCUUAUCAGCCUUUCAAUAAAGAAAGAUUCAUUAAUGCAAAUUUUCGGUUCAUAUUAAAUCCUAUUGGAGAUUAUAUUUAUCAAUUGGCAGAUCCAGAUGCUAAUUUUGAUUGGGAUACAAUUGAACAAGUUCUUAUUUCUUCUUCAGAAGCUCAAUCUUGUCCUAUAUGUUUAUCACCUCCAACUGCACCUAGAGUUACAAAAUGUGGACAUAUUUAUUGUUUGCCUUGUAUUUUGCAUUAUCUGGAAUUACGCGAGAAUCGUAAAUCGUCAUGGCGUAAAUGUCCUAUUUGUUGGGAAUCUAUCUAUGAAGCCGAUCUUAAGCCAGUACGUAUUACAAAACCUUUCGCAAUAUCUGAACAUGUUCCUACAUCAGGUCAAACUGCUUCACUCUCUUGUGGUGUUAGAGAGGGAGAUCGCAUUGAGAUGGCAUUGAUACAACGUUCUAGUCAUUCUACCUUGGCUUUCCCUAUCUCAGAUACCUGGCCAUUACCAGAGAAUGUAGUUUCAAAUUAUAUUAAGCCAGAUACACCACUUAUUCCAUGGCAUUUUACACCUGGUGCUAUGACAUUUGCCCGUUUCAUGUUAGGAAGUCCUGAUUAUUUUGAAGGAGAAUAUAGGAGAGAUAGGAUUGAAUUAAAUGAAGCUUUAUCAGAUGCCAAUGGAUGGGGGUCAACUGAGGAAAUUCCUUUUAUUGAAAAAAGUCUAACACUUGUUUCAAAUAAGAUAAAACAGUUACGCCAACAAAGGACAAAGGAAUUAGAAUUAGCUAUACAAACUUCCGAAAUGAUCUUUGAAGCUGUUGCAAAAUAUUCAAGGAAACAUGGGAAAGCUCCCUUGCAUGAUCAACCAUUCAAAGAUAAGAAAGAAGAAGAAGGAGAAGAAGAGAAGGUACCAGAAGCCUAUCGACACCAUCAAUCACACCAAGGUGGAGUAGAUUUUAUUGAAGAAACGAAAACACCUACUACAACGCGUCAAAGGCAACCACUUUAUCGACAGCAUUCAGUCAAUACUAUGCAUGAUUCUAUGCCCACUCAAGAUUAUUAUUUUUAUCAAGCAGUUGAUGGACAACAUGUCUAUCUUCAUCCACUUGAUAUUCGUAUUCUAAAACACGAAUUUGGUGAUUAUCAUCAAUUCCCUCACAGGCUACAAGCGCUAGUCACUAAUGUUCAAGAAUCAACUUUAACUGAGGAACUUCGUAAGAAAUGCAAAUAUCUCAGUCAUUUACCUCUUGCUUGUGAUGUCACAUUCUUAGAAAUUGAUGUGAAGGAUAUAGUUUCAUCAAAGACAAUUGAAGUUUAUAACCAAGAACUUGUAGCAAGAGUUAAAAAGAGAAAGGAUAAAGAAAGAAGAGAAGAACAAAAAAGACGACAAGCAGAAUCCAAACAAAAGCUUCAAGUUGAAAAAGAGCAAGAAGCUGAACGACAAAUGUUAGAAAAUGAUCCAUUCUUCAAUAUGUAUCGACCUCCUUUGACAGCAGAAGAAAACGAAGAACAUUUAUCACAAGCAUUAGCGGAAUCCGUUGCAGCUAUAUCCACAGAAGAGAAUCAUAGUCCUCGUACUACUGUGUGGGGAACCCGACAGAUUACACCUCAAAAAGACGAAAUACUAACAGAUUGGGCCGAUCAUAUUAUUGUUACAAAAAACCAUAGAAAGAAGAAAGGAAAGAGACGUUAA